CCUACCUCGUCCUCCUCCUCUUCCAGCAAUGUGGACACCAAGGAGCUGUGCGAUUAUUUUGCUGACCAUAUGGGAGACUACGAAGACGUCUUGGCCUCGCUGGAGACACUGAACCUCUCCAUCUUGAAGGCGAUGGACUAUACCAAACGGGUCUAUGAGAGCGGCACAAACGUGGCCGAGUUUGUGACCCGCUUCCUGCUUAAGGAGACGGCUAACCAGACCCAGUCGCUGCUGAGCUCUGUGGAGAGUGCCGUGGACGCCAUUGAUGAACAAACCAACCCCACCAGGCACUACCCCAGCAAGGCUGGCCACGGUCUGAUGGACACCUGGUACGACAGCCCCGUGCCCAGCUACUCUCCCACCAGCCGCAUGGUCCCCAGGGAGCACGGGAAGAGCUUCCAGACUGGUUCCCCCGACGCCAAGGCAGAGGGGCUGGAAGGGCAAAUCAACAGGCUGGCCGAGCUGAUCGGCAGGCUGGAGGACAAGACCCUCUGGUUUGACCUGCACCAGCGGCUGUCAGACAGCGAGAGCACAGCUUGCACGUACCUCCUCCUGGUGCGGGAUGAGAUGACGGUGUCGCACAAGCACCUGGGCGAGUUUUGCAGCUCCUUGAAGCAGUACCUGAAGAGCGUGGCCGGGGAACGGGACUGCUUCCACGUCACCGCAGUGAAGCUGCCCGAUGGGGUCACCUUCAUCGUCUACGAGUUCUGGGAGACUGAGGAGGACUGGAAGAGGGGCAUUGCUGGGGUCGGGGGGCUGGGGUGGCAUGCCACCUGCAAGGGCUUCCAGCACGUCAAGGUGGACACGCUGAGCCAGCCCGAGGCCAUCUCCAGCGUGGCCGUGCCAG